UCGAGAAGCAAACCGACGAUCUAUCUAGGCUCGAGCUGGAAGUGCUGUGUUGUGCUAUUUUGUGCAUCAUCACGCAGCCCCCAGUAACAGCACCGGUAUUCAGCCUUCUGCAUGAGAACGGUAAUCAUAUCGCAUCACAUUCCAUCCACGAAAAUCAAGCGAAUCAGUCGCCUUACGCACCCAGGGUAUCACCCAAUCCCAUCCAUACAUCCGCCACCUGGAUGCAAUUGCUAAGCUGCAACACCUCGGCAAAGGCCAUCUCACAUCCCCGCGCAUGAGUUGUGUGAGAGCUGAUGGAAAGUCAACAACCUUACAAGCGCAACUUCCAGCCAAUAUCCGUGGGGAAAUGCUAUGCGCAAACUGCUACUGACCGGUUUGGCGAUGGCGCCAAAGCCGCAGUUCGUGAUCGCGAGCGGGUGACUUUGGGCAUGCACCCUCAGAGCGCCGAGCUACCCUUUACCUGGCCCGGGAACGACUCAGACGAUGAGAGAAACACCGGGCCUUCAAUAUACCGCUUGAUACCAUCUAUGCAGAAAUUUCGGAGCAAUCUGACUGCUCUUUCUCAAGUGUACAAUCUCUACUUCUCUGCUUACCAAGGCCGAAUAUUCGUCUACAGACCCCGCGCUGCUCCGAGCCAGGCACUUCCGAGCCAGCCUAAUCUACAACUGAAGCCUAAAGCAAGUACUGUCGCCCAAUUAGUCGGUGGACAACUCGACGAGUCUCGGCCACACACAGUCAACCAUAUGAUCACAGGGUUUCUUGGCGACGAAGAAAUAGUCCUCGCGUGCUACGACGACGGAGAUGUGGUUGCAUAUUACACCAAGGAAAUUGAGAAACAAGCCAUAGAAUGCCGUGGCACAACCGACAGGCCACACAAAUCUGUUCCGAAACAAUUCUUUCAUGAAAAUGUUGGGAUAUCAGCUUGGGGCUUAGCUGUCCAUCGAAAGUCUCGCUUGAUCGCCGUCAGCUCAAACAGGCAUGAGGUUGUCGUCUUUGCCCUGGCUCUAACACAAGACCCCCUGAGUCGCAGGGCAAGCUUGUCCCGCACGACACAUUUAGAGAUUCCAACACGAACCCGGAAUUGGCGGAUCGUGAUACGGAUGGCUCCCGGUGCAGACAAUAUCCCAAAUAUAUGUUUUGUCGACGAUUGUCAAGGCCACGCACAGCGGAUUUGCGCAAUCGACAUUAAGGGAACUGCAUGGUUGGCAGAUAUUUGGCAAGGAAACAGAGGUCUGAUAGUCGUUCCACCACUAUGUUCAAAUCUACUGAAAAGUGAGGAGUUCCAUCCUGCCCCAUCCAGAGGAUGGGGGAUAUUUGCUCUGGAUGAAAGGGAUUUUCUCAAGGUCAAGACUGCUGAGGAACUAUUUGGCGUGCCCACCAAUCGACUAGAAGUUAUUCCAGCAGGCAGUGGCUGUCAGCAACCAUUGGUGAACGUCAGAAGCGCAAUAACUAAUAUUCCUGAUAAUCCACACAACAUGCUGAGGCCACUAAACCAGCCUGGUCCAAUGAUUCCUCUUGCUUGGGAACCCGAUAUGCCUCAGCUUGGUUUCAUUGUACCGGCAGAAGAUCUUCUGGGAAGCGAUGUAGGUGAGGAAGAAUUCGAGGACACUGAGGAUGAAACCGACGAGGAACACGAUGAAGAGGGCGACUCGGAAGAUGGUUCGGAAGUCGAUUCAGAGGAGGAUGCUAUCGUCGCGGGCACAGAUUGGAGCUCCUUUUAUUUCCAAGCCCACGAAUUAGCGCAAGGCCUGAGCACUUACAAGUCACCUAGUAGUUCUCCUGACAAUCUCUACGCCUGGGAUGCAACAUUCAAGCAACAGGACUCUGAAGUUCAAGGAAAGAACAAGAAGGACGUGGAGCAUGCUAUGAGCGGGGACGCAACGGCUCCCCAUAAACUCGACAUGACAUAUUUUCCUCACAGCAAUACGGUCUAUCGAACACCCCGAAAAGCAGAAAUGAUGAUGGCUUAUUGGAGGAGACCUCCUGAGUACAAUCGACAUCCUCAGUUGCCAGAGGCAUAUCUGGCAGAUCUCGGGAAAAAGCUGUUUCUGUUGCGAACCUAUGAGAAAGAUAUAGAGUUGCGCUCAUUCUCUCCGAUCCCGAGCAGGGCGUUGCCGACGGAGUUUGGAGUUAUCUGCUCGGACGCACUCAAGUUUGGACGAUUUCGCGACCCUGGGCUAAGGCGACAUUUCCAUGCAACCAGUAGGCUCAACAUGAUUGCGCUGGCCCCCGAGCUCUCACUUAUGGCUAUUGGAUCACCAACCGGGCGCGUCGUGCUUUUGACAUUGACUCGGAAGGCUGUCCCUGCGGAGCGCGAUGAUGGAACAUGGGAGCACGGAUUUCGAGUUGAGUGGGUGCUGCCGACAGGAUCCGACGAGAUGGAACAUCGCAAGACGUUGCGACCUAUGCACGGAAUGGCCAUGGGGCCAGUCCAGGUGGGAGACGAGGCCGGAGGGGUGUUUCAUUUCCAUCUCUGA